CAAGGCGAUGACAUGUCAGUGAUGGCAUAUGUAGCAGAGCUGCAGGCUUUGUGGGCAGAGCAGGAUAACUGUGAUCCUCUGGAACUCUAUGAUGCGGCGUGCAUCGAGUCAGGGCGCAAGUGGAUUGCACGCAGGCGUGUGCUGAAACUGUUGGAAGGCCUCAGAGGUUGCUUUCAUGGCAGGGGGGCUUCCCUGUUGCACCAACCUCUCCUGCCAACUAUUGAGGAGACUAUUGCAGCAAUGUCUCAAGAGGAGGUGAGGCUAUCUCUUGAGCAUGCAAACGUGAAGUUUGUGCCGGCUUCGACAUUUGCAGUCACUGAGCGCAUGGAGUGGGGAGAUCCCAACAAAUGUCAUAUUUGUGGGGAGGUAGGUCAUUGGAAGAGGGAAUGUCCAACUCGUGGUAGAGGCAGGGGAUACAACAGAGGGGGCACUGGCAGAGGCAGGUAUGCUCGAGGCAGAGGUGGAUACCCAUGGAACUCAGGGGGUCAACUUUCUAGGGGCAGAGGUGGCUACUCAGGAAACUCAGGGGGCAUGGCGCAUAUGGUAGUUGAAGAGGACAUUGGGACGUCACAGGGCAAGGGAGUUGAUGAGGCUGCCUAUGGAGACUUUGCUCACUGGGCCUCCACUGAUGAAGGAGCGACAGACGAGCCAGACGGUUGGGACUGGCACCAGGCGUAGGGGGAGCAACAAGGCAAUGAGGCAAGAGUGCAAGGGGAGCAGCAAGGCAAUGAGGCAAGAGUGCAGGGGGAGCAGCAAGAUAGUGAGACGAGCUCAUCUGACACAGUGGAGCUGCCCAUUGCAUUGCGAAAGGCUACACGUGAAGCGGCAAGAAAGGGUGAAGUAGCAAGGAAGGCUCUACCGAAGGAUGAUGCU